CCGAGGGAUCAAGUCAUUCCAUUUCGAUUUGAAUAUUCGCAGAGAAGUGGAACGCAGUGAUACGACGAUCUUCACAAACUUAUCAUUAGACCCAACAGCAGGCCAGAAGCUGGUUAUUUUCUGACGGUCUUGCAUUCAUGUUUAGACAUCAUGGCAGCAUUACACUUGCUUAUCUGCCUUUUUUCUCCACUUCUGUUCUCGGUUGUAUCACCAUCUACCCUGGCAUCUACAACAAUUGCUCCAGAGGAUUUGGUGAAGGAUUUUCGCAAGGAGUUGGCUGAUUUGAAGGAUAUUGUCGCAUUGCUUCAGAACCACAUCAUUACGACCGAGGAUGGAUCCGAAACUGGGAGGCAACAGCAUGCUCAAGACGUACGUGAUUUUGUUGCGAAAUAUUUGCUCCGAAACAGACAAAGCGCCCUCUCCUUGACCAACAGUUCUGUAGCUUCGUCCGAUGACCUGAUCAGUACUCUCCUCACCUAUUAUACGAACCCACCAUAUGGGGGCGCGGUCUAUACGCACUGGGGAAGAGACGACUGUGUCAAUGGAUCCGAACUGGUCUAUACAGGUAUGGCUACGGGUGCCUACUACUCUCACACCGGCGGUGGUGUCAAUUAUCUUUGUCUCCCCCACGAGCCCAUCUACAGUGACAUUGAGACAUCCACCCACGCGACUAGAUCCCUGCUUUACGCUGCUGAAUUCGAAACAAGCACGGCUCCAGCCCUGCAGAGCCUCCACGACCAAACACCAGCCUGUGCCGUCUGCCGUGCCCCACCAACCCGCCUCACGAAGCUCAUGAUUCCCGGUCGUAACGAAUGCCCAUCUUCAAAAUGGCGUCUGGAAUACAAGGGGUACCUCAUGUCGAGUUUAUACACGCAAACGACCAGGACCGAUUUCGUCUGCAUGGACGAAGAUGCCAUGGGAGUUCCUGGAACGACUGGCAAUCAGCAUGGGGCCCUUUUCUACAUGGUAGAAGCUCGGUGCUCUGCAGGAGGGAUACAGUGUGGCCCAUAUGUGAACGGCUAUGAGCUCACAUGUGCUGUGUGUACCAUUUAAACCGUUCGUCUUAAAUAUGCAACUACAAUAAUACUUGCUUCUGAUGAUGCAAAGAAAACUGGAACAAGCACGAUCAUAUUAUUGUAGUUGUUAUAUUAUAUAAACAUUGCUUGGGUUUAUGUGUGUUUAUAUAGUUCCUAAUUGACUUUAGAGAUCUCAAUCAAUAAUCGUUCUCUUGCUUCCAAUGAAUCUGUGUCCAAGUCUAACAUAAACUCCGGUCUAAUCUAUAAGCCUAUUGUUUAGUUAUAGCCACUCCAGAAUCAUUGAAACUCCAUUUCAUUAUCAAAAUAAAUUCCAAGAAGGAAACAGGCUAUUUAUAUGGCGUAUAGCCUGAUAAUUCGUAAAACAUUUCCGUAAUGGCGUAACUAAAUGCAUGCCGCCCCUAUCGAGUAGUGAAAAGAAAAGAAUGAAAGGGAGAGUGAUCGAGAGGGGGAUAAGGGCGAGGAAGGAAGACACCUGGACCAACUCCGACAUUCUCCCCUUAUUGAGUAGCCUUGUAGUUUCGCACUCGUCACUACAACCGGUUUUCAAUUGUUUAUCAUUAUUUUUGUUCUACCCUUUAAUUAUUUUACUCUUUGUACAUUCAGUUGAACCUUUCUUCCAUGAAUGCGUGAAAUAAAAUGAAUUGAAUUGAA